UCAAAAAGUACUUAUCUUUCUAGACGACAACAAAGCAAGUUCAACAAGUUAUUGUUUUGCUAUAGUAUAAUGGAAUUUAUAGAGCUUAUAUCAAUAAAUAAAUUGGAUGGUGUUAUUUUAAAAUAUCCUCACCAGGAUAACGUAGAUGGAACGGUGUGUAUCACUGGACAUCAUCUCAUUUUGAGUUCACGAAAAGAAGGCGUUCGUGAACUAUGGCUUCUUCAUAGAAACAUAGAUAGCAUUGAAAAAAAGGAAAACAAGCCUGUGAAUGGCAUUAUGCAGGGAGGCUCUUUGUUCCUGAAGUGCAAAGACCUGCGGAUAUUCCAGCUGGAGAUCAGCUCCAGUGCAGAACUGAACAUGCUGGCUCAGACCUUGGAAAAUCUCUCCGGCCUACAAGACCCUAGCCUUUUCUAUCCAUUUUUUUAUAGACAUAUGCACCCAAUUAUGGAAAAUGGGCACACAUUAUACAGUAUAGAGGGUGAAUUCACAAAAGUGUUGGCGACAGAGGAGUGGAGGAUAUCUCGAGUCAAUCAAAACUACACCGUGUGCCCGGCCUACUCAAAGGCGGUGGUGGUGCCGAAAAGUGUAGAUGAUGAUAUUUUAGCUCUGGCUGCUACAUUCAGACAAGGCGGCCGGUUUCCUGUUCUCUCCUAUAGGCACAACAAUGGGGCAGUGUUGGUGCGGGCGGGGCAGCCGCUGUACGGGCCGAAGCACCGGCGCUGCCGGCCCGACGAGGCCAUCCUCAACGCGGUCGUGGGCCCGGGCAUGAAGGGCAUCAUAUACGACCUGAGGAGCACGAAUGCCAUCUCACAGCAGCAGAGUAAAGGCGGCGGCACAGAGAGCAACUCCAACUACUCCCAGUGGAAGAUCUACAACAGGUCGAUGGACGACGUUGACAAUCAGCAGCAGCUACUGGAGAGCUACGCCAAACUUAUUGAAGCCUGCAACGACCGCGAGAUAUCGAGCGACAAGUGGAUAUCGCGGCUGGAGUCGUGCGGCUGGCCGGAGAGCGUGCGCAACGCGUUACACACCGCCUGCAUCGUGGCGCAACACAUACACCAGAAAGCUGAGCCGGUGCUGGUUCACGGCACGCGCGGCGAAGACGCCACGCUGCUCGUGUGUUCGCUGGUGCAGAUUAUACUCAACCCCGACUGCAGGACCAUACGAGGUUUCCAGGCGCUGGUGGAGCGCGAAUGGCUGGCGGCGGGGCACCCGUUCGGCGCGCGGCACCGCUGCGGGCCCUACUCCCCCGCCGCCCGCGCCGCGCCCACCUUCCUGCUGUUACUGGACUGCGUGCGCCAGUUCCUAGAACAGUACCCCUGCAGCUUCGAGUACCGACAGUCCUUCCUCAUCACGCUGUUCGAGCACUCGUAUGCGAGUCAAUUCGGUACCUUCCUCUGUGACAGCGAACAAGAGCGCGAGUACCGCGGCGUGAGCGAGCAGACGACCAGCGUCUGGUCGUGGAUCAACCAGCCAGACGAGCUCUCCGCCUACAUCAACCCGCUGUACGACCCCACGCCGUCCGUCAUCUGGCCCUCCGUGGCGCCCAUGAGCUUCGUCAUAUGGGAGGAGCUGUACCUGCGCUGGUCGGUCCCGCAGUCGACGGAGCAGCGUGAGGAGCAGUACGGCGUGAUCCGCGCGCGCGAGCAGUCGCUCCGCGCGCGUGCGCACGCCCUGCGCCGCGAACUGCUCGACCUGGCUGCGCAGUACUACGCGCCGCAGGACAAGCAGGAACUCCUGCUGCUCAACUAGCUACAGUUGUUAUCACAGCUCGGAGAGGGUACGAGAACUCGCAUACGUGUUUUAUUACAUUGCGGUAUUUGAUGGCUGUGCAAAAUUGUAUGUAACCUCAGAACCCGCAAUGUAACUAAAAUCGCAUGUGAGUUUUGCACGCCGUCUAAAUCAGGCUUUUAGCCUUGUAAUAUGUUCAGGUCAAUUCACAAGAGCUGGCACUAAUGAGGAAAUGAGGCUAGGAAUGUAAAAAUGACCGGUAAAGCUGAAUUUAAACCUGCAUGUUUUGAGACGCAACUAUGGGUAAGAGUGAGUGGCAAAUAUCUGCAUCUCUUUCUUGCAUAUACCUUUGUUUCAAAACUUGCAGGUGUAAAUCCAGCUUAACCCUUCGUCUGUGUUUGAUAAGGAUCCUAACAUAAUAAGGCGUUGGACUUUAAAAUAAUAUAUGAAAGUUAAUUGUUUUAUGGCAAUUUUUUGAUAGACACAGACGAAGGAUUAAGUCAUAUCAAAUUAAAAGGAAAAUAGCUCACCCCGUGUGGCCUAUAAUUAUUAUACGUAGUUUAGGGAAAAGGACCCGUCCACUAAAAAUAGUCAUUCAAAUCAAUUACCAUUUCUUUUUACAGUAAAUUUGAAUUAUAAUAAAGUUUUUUGUGGAUUAGAUCCUUUUCCCUCAACUAUGUCCUAUUGUGUUUCACAGAUCUUUCUACGACCUCUAGUAGGGUAUGAGAGCUCACUUCAACGUCCAAAUUAUUAUUUAGUGGUAUGGAUGCAUAGCUUUUAUAUUACGAGGCGUGAAAUACCCUCGAAGCAGUGCGAACCUUUGCCUUCUUGGGCUAAAACAUUCAAUUAUUACUGUGCCCAUAUAUAGAUGUAACUUUUAUAUUACGCGCAUUACCCAGGGAGGAACAGCUUUAACGGCAAGCCUUCGCGGCUGCAACACUGUUAGCACUGACGGUUCGAGCUUUUAAAAAGCUCAGAAUCGCGAAACACUUCACUUCUAAAGUGAAUGGACUGACCGAUCGAAAUAAACAGUCAUCGUUAGGUUUCGUUGGAUUCUCGUAUCGAAAUCCACAUAUAAAGUACAUAAUUAUAUUAUGUUCAUUUGCUGUGAACAAUAUUCGAGUUGUCACAUUUCGAAUUCAUAGAUAAUUAUCUUUUUCCCUCAAAUCACUAAGUAUUGUUAAAAGCAGAAUAAUAUUUCAAAUAAAAACAAUUUUUAAAGAGACGUAAACACUCAUGAAACAACCUCAUAGUGUCUUUACACGCCUACUUCUGAAUGCAUAUAUAUUUAGGAAAUUAUUAAAUACAUUUUACUGAACACAGUUCGUGUGUAUAGAAUAGUGCGUACAAUUUAUUUACUUAGCAGUUUCAAUGCAGGAUUUAACGCAGCUUGAGUAAAGGUUAGAAAGGUUAUUAAGAAUAUUAUUCUGAAACCUAGGCCUGACGAUGAUGGUAUCUUUACUCUAUACUAGUAUUACUAGUAGUAAUAGUUGAUUGCUCAGUGGGUACAAAUGUAGUGCUAAAUUAUUUUCCUUCGUGUUUUUACGAAAACUCGAACUUGUCAUGCUAGUUUUGUCAACGUUAGUAUGUACUUACUGAGACUGACUGAAAUAAUAUAACACGUUCGUGACUUUCCGUGAAACUACGAAGGAAAAACAUUUCGCACCAUACAUCUGUGGGCAGACACGGGAUCAGGGAUGUCUGGGUCGGAAAGCAGGGACUACAUGCCUAUGUAGUUCGUAGUACGCCUGUACAGGGUUCUGUAAUAGCAAGUAUAGUCAUGCAUAUAGUACAUCUGUCAACCGUUAACAUGAUGCUUAGUCUAAAGACAAUAAAAUAACACAAGCGCGGUGUUACAAAUAUUGGGUUUCUUUUACUAGUUCUUUCGUUUUGAGCAUGUUUCCGUUUAACACUUAACACAUACCUCACAGGUAACACCAAUUUUAAUAAAGUUUUAGAAAUAGGGACAUCGUGUAACUCUUAUGUUACUUAUUGAUAAAAUUAAAGAGUAUAAACACAUAAAUGAAAUGAAACGAAAUGAAAUAUUUAUUUAACAUAAAGAUUUACAGACAAUUAGUUCUAUGGUCCCACACUAGGCGAAGCCUGUCCCGUGGAAACCAAGCAAUUACGGAUUAACAGGCCAUGCGGCUUAGGUUUGAAACAAUGCAAACAAAAAGUACCUAUUCUAAUUAAUUUUAAAACUAUUCUAGUUAAUAUUAAACUAAAAUGAGAUACAAACUGCCUGCUAAAUAAUUAAUGUAAGUAGAUAUUUUAGCUAUGAAGGGUCAAUAGUUUCAUAAAGUUAAAUCCAAUAGAAAUUGCAAAUAAUGUAAACAAACCAAUAAAAUAAGUACCUUCAAUAAUACAUAAUAGGGAACUUGACUGUAGUUAAAAUAAAAUAUUUUAUACCAUGCACGAUGACCGUGACGUCACUCAAUUCGAUUUCAUAUAAAUUCCAUAUUAGCAAGUCGUUCAAAUUCGUUUUGCCAGUUCUUAAAAAGAAGUUGAUUUGACUAGGAGGCAAGUAGCCUAUUUCAUAGUCACGCACAAAGUGAUGAAAAUCAUGAUCUUAUAAUAUACAUAUUUAUAUACCAACAUCAAUGUUUUGUUUAAUGAUUUUGAUAAAUUAGUUUUUAAUCAUAAUGUCUCUGUGAAAACAAGCUUCAUAAAUCAUAAAUUUUGAUAUCAAAAGUCAACUAAAUUGACAUAUUUGUUAACAUUAUUUGCUUUUCCUAUUGACUAAGGUAAACUUUUUUUUCAAUGGAUUCAUUUCUCAGCAAAACUACCAAUUGCAGAUACAGAUAAUAACUUAAUAAGUCAUCAUACACCUUAUUAAAAACUAUUAAGAUCGUCAUUUUUACUUCUGUAAACUGACGUAUCUAGUCGUUCAUUGUACUCUGUCAUGUGUGGAUACACAUGACUGGAUGUCCGAAUUUUUUAUUCUUUAAUAGUGAAGGAAGUGAGUGGUGAUUUCAGGGUUACACCCAUGUUCAAAGUUCCUCAGUUUGACAUACUAUACCACGUUAAUUAUUGAAGUGCUUAAAUAAACAACCUAUAUUAAUCCUACUUUUGUUCUAAUGUAAAGUUUGUACAACGUACGUUUCUUGUUAGUCUGUCAGUAUAUGUAUAUUUUGUUUGUUGUUUGUCCUAGAAAUCAGUCCUAAAUAAGUUAUAAAUGUAUUGUUUUUUUAACUACAUCUAAGCAAAGUAGGUGCUAGUUAUUAUAUAUGAUCUGGCGCCUCCUGUUAUACUCGCGCCUCUCUAAUAAAUGUUUUUGUGCUCAUUAUAAGUUUGUUCCGGCUAUUUAUAAGAAAUAUGAAACUAUAUUAUUCAAUUCGAUCUGAUUGCCAUUUUAGCCCGUCAUACAACUACAGUCGAGUAUGUUAUAACUUGUAAGUUAGGCCUAAAUUAUAUGUCAAAGUUAAUAUUUCCUUAAUUUUAAACAUUUUAAUACCUAGCGUAUUUACUAACGCUUAAAGCCUCGUCAUAUAAAAUAAGUAAUUAGAACUAAUAAGUUUAAUGCGAGGGACAACGCCUUGCAUAUUAUGGUACAAUACAGCUCAUAUUAUUAUUAUUAUGUAAAUGUCUACAUGUAUGUAUAUGAUUAAAAUUAAGUGUAAAUUGAAUACGAGCUUAGUGUAGGUUACAUUUUACAAACUGAGUGGAUUAUGUUCUGAUAUUUGGUACAUUUUGUGCACAAUUAUACUAAAACACACUCAACUUCUCAGUAGAAAAAGGCGUGAAAGUAGGAAUUUUAUGUCAAGUCAAAUCGUCACGCCUUUAUUUCUUUUUUAUAUAAUUGGGCUUACUCAAAGACAUAUGUAACUCCGUAUUAGGCACUGGUCCCACCACUAGCUAGUAAAGCGAUGAGCUAUCGGCUAUUUAUGCGAUAAAAGAUAGUUGCAAAAGAUAGUGUAAACAAAAGAAAGAGAUGUAUUAUAGCUGAGCGAUGAACUAUAAAAUAGUCAAUAGCUCAGCUAUAAUACAUCUGUCACUUUUAUUUACACGGGAGCGGCUAUCUUUUGUCGCACAAAUAGCCGAUAUCUCAUAGUUUGCUAGCUCGCCGUGGGACCAGUGCCUAAAGUCUAAGAAAAAAGCGUACCUCGGAACCACAGAGAAAAAGGUACGGUGGGCUAGAUGGCGAUAACACCUUUGGACUCGAUGGCGCUAAUAAUGAUAUUUGACAUUUUAACACAUAUCAAGCUAAGAAUAUGGGCCAAAUUAUCAAAACUGAGGUUCAAAAGUUUUAAGCCUGUGUCGAGAGAUGGCAGGCUAUGCACUGUGACUACACAUUUUUCUUUGGCAGUAACUCUCUAGAAACUCGAUCCUCUUUGGGCUUACUGAUAGCCACAGACUAGCCGAGGCGAAGACGGCGAAGUUGUUUACCCUUGAUUUUAAUUUGUAGCCUUUUUCUACUGACCAAGUCGCAAGUAGGUAUAUACAUGUCAUGUUGUAAAUUGCUUGUUCCUAAAACGUUUAGUUUCGUGUUUCCAAAACACGAAACUACAAGUAGGUACUCGUAUGGUUUUUUUCAUACAACAAAUAAAGUGUAAUGCUAUGGAUGUAUUUAUAUUAAAUUAAAUAUUUGCUCGUAAUCCAUUUACACUCCUUAGUUCGUAAAUGUUGUACCAAACCAAAUAUCAGUUCUGGUAAGUAUCGAGGGUCAUUCCAGUUUUGGCUACUGUGCCUAGAUUUAUUAAAUAUUGAGCGAUGCUAUUUUCAACUUUAAUAUUAUAGAUAAUAAUAAGUAAUAGGCUAAUAGGUAUACGAUGACCUUAGCCUCUGAAGAAAGAUUAAUCCCUUAAUAUUCACUGUCUCUUCUUCCUCCUACCCUUAUCCCACGUUAUGUGGGGUUGGUACAACAUGUCUUCCUCUUCCAUUCUCCCCUAUCUUUCGUCAUCUCAACACUCACAUCUUUCUUUCUCAUAUCCUCUUUCACACAAUCCAUCCAUCGUUGUUUGGGUUUACCCCUCCCUCUCCAUCCAUCAACAUUCAUUUCCAACAUUCUUUUGCCUAUAUGACACUCAUCCUUAAUAUUCACUGUAUAAUGUUUAAUAUACAUUAUACCUACACAUACCUAUUAUAUCGGCGGAUCGUAAGAUCCAGCAGAUCCUGAAAUCUAUAGGCAUCUAUAUCGUGAAACGUGAAAAUCAUUAACGUAUUUCGGUAAGAUGAAAGCGGGCUGUGAGUGUGGUGUCGAGUAAGAUGUACAAACAUUUGUCAGGAUGUUUACAUUAUGCAACGAAAUUCUGAAAGUGAAGGACUGAUGAAUAUGAAAAACUUUUAUCAUGAUUAGAAUCCACCCGCUUAUAAGCAUUUGAUCAGAUGCUAAGGUCACCCUCUAUGCGUGCUAAUAUGACAAACACCAAGAUAUUUUGUUUUCACUAACGUAAGAAUUGUGAUAAAUAGUCUGUUAGGUACUUAAUUAAGAAAGUAAAUCUAACUAUAAGUAUAAAUUAAUAGGCUUUACUCGUACUCUUAUAUUAUACCCACCAAGCCUGCGUUAUCAGUGUUAUCACAUUAUCCGAUCCGAUAUCGGAUGUGGGUACAUUACAGGCGCCAUGUUGGAUUUUUUUCCAUUGAAAUCCCUCCGACGUCCGAUAUCGGAUGGGAUAAUGUGAAAACGGACUAACAAGCCUAAGUGACCAUUAUACAUUUUGAGGGGUAAAUGUGACUAGCCUUCACAUUUCCACCAUGAGGCCCUGCCGUGGAAAACAUUAAAAUUUUGUUAUUUGCUUUUGUAGACAUUUGAAAGUUAACAAUUUUCCGGUAUAUAUUAACAGGGCCCCGAAGGGUCCAAUGUGAAGGCCAGCUAACAUAACACUGUCCUACUCAUCAUUUUCUCCAAUAAACUCCCAAGUUGAAAAUGAUUUUCUGUCACUUGGCACUGGUCCCAUCGCGAGCUAGUAAGCUAUGAGCUAUCGGAUAUAAAAACGAACAAAGAUAAGCACUCCCGUGCAAAUUAAAGAGACACGGCGAUAUUGAUAGCUCACCGCUGGGCGAGUACCUAUAAACAUCCCCGUGUCUCUUUUAUUUACGCGGGAGUGAUUAUCUUUUGUUCGUUUUUAUAGCCGAUAGCUCAUAGCUUACUAAGCUCGCGGUGGGACCAGUGCCUUGGGGUUGUUAUGCAUAGUGGGCCAGUAUUACAAUUGGCACGAGGCACUAAAUAGACGUUCUGUAAGGCAAUUGUAACUAUCUAUUGUAAGCGGACGUAGAGUGGAAGAGAGAACCUGCUAUCAUACUGAUGUGCCGACGGAAAAAAAUUAAAAUUUCACGAGAAAUAUAGUAAAUUUAAAUAGAUAAGUAUAUGAAAUGGAAAGUUUCAAUCUCCAUACAAAAAUGAGGAAAGUACAGAUUUUUUUGUUAUCUUGAAAAUUUCGCAAUUUUGGAAAGUUUCCGCCGCGUCGGCACAUUAGAAUCCUAUAGAUACAUGACAUUUAUAUGAUAGCAGGUUUUCACUGCGAACUUAUUUUUUUGUGCAAUCUGAAUUUCUACCUAAUUUUAAGAAUUUCCGAAUUGUCAUAAUUAUUUUUUUGAUUAAGAUAUGAUAUUUAUGUGUACCAUACGGAAGAUAUAAUGUAUGAAUAUACUGGAGCAAAUGUAAUGUUACUAGAUGUCAAUUUUUAUAUAAAUGAAUUUAUUUGUUGGUCAAUUAUACAUUGCGC